AUGUCGGCGAGAAAAAAUCAGUCUCAGGUUCCGCCUCCACAGGUGGACUUGGAAACUCUGGGAACAGAAUGCCAGCAGCUGGCAGCCAAACUGAAGGAGCAUCUGUCAUCCAACGGCCAUCAGCAACCAUCUUUUGAAUUCAGCGGCCCAACUUCGUAUCCCAAAUUGAGCCCAGAGAUUGAUGGCGCUAGGCAGCGGCUCCGCGAAGCUUGCAAGACGCUUUUGGAGCUGGCUUCCGAGCCGGACGAGGUUUUGACCGAGGACCUUUACAACAAAGUCCACGACCUGAAUGCCUUUGCGUACGUAUCACGAUUCAAGAUCCCAGAGGCCAUACCAAUCCAAGGAAGCAUCAAGUACUCGGAGCUUGCCUCCAAAACCGGCACCGGUAUCGGCCAGCUGAAAAGGGCAUUGCGACACCUGAUGACGCUGCACGUAUUUGUUGAGCCGGAGCUCGGAUCUGUCGCCCAUACGGCGUCAUCCAAACGGCUGGUUGAGUCGCGUGGGGUGCGGUUGUACAAUGACUUUGUUAGCCGGGACACGUUCAAGCUGGCAGCGUUCCAGGUGGACGCCAUCGACCGCUGGGGCCAUGACAGUGGCGAGCCGGACCAGGCUGCGCACAACAUCGUUUAUGGCACCGACAAUCCGCUGUUUGACUACUAUGGCGAGAACCCUGCCCGGAUGGCCGAGUUCAGCGAGCUGAUGCAAUUCAUGGCCAGUUCACGCUUCCAAAAGGCGGACCAUUUAGUGGAAGCCUUUGACUGGGCCGCCCUCGGCUCUGCAACACUGGUUGACAUGGGCGGCAACGUCGGGCACUGUGCCGCGCAGGUCGCGCUCGCCAACCCCGACAUGAGCUGUGUGGUGCAGGACCUCCCCGAGGUGGUGGCGCGGGCCCUCAGUGACGACAAUUCAGCCGUGCCCGCUGAGCUGCGAGGACGCGUGACCUUUAUGGAGCACAGCAUCUUUGCGCCGCAGCCGUUGGACGCAGAGGUGUAUCUGUUACGCAUGAUCCUGCACGACUGGUCCGACGACAAAUGCGUCACCAUAUUGGGCCACAUCGCCGUCGCUAUGGGUCGCCGGCCUGGCUCCCGUUUACUCGUCAUGGAUACGGUGCUCCCACAACCUGGGGAGUGGCAGACGGUCGUUGAGCGGCCCAUGCGGUCCAUGGACAUGCAGAUGUCGCUCAUGACCAACUCCAAGGAGCGAGAUUUCAGUGAGUUUGAGUCUCUAUUCCGGCGUGCCGACCCUCGUCUGGUCAUCCGCAAUGUUUUUAAGCCGGUGGGGAGUCUGAUGUCUCUGAUUGAGGUGACUUUGGGAUCGGAUGCUGGUCUUUGA